AUGGUGGGGGACAUUGGCGAUGUAGCUUCCGUGGUCACUCCUGGUGGCAUCUACAUCCCCCAGUCCGGCAAGGAGGUUGUCCGCGAGGCCGUCGUCGUCGCCGCUGGCCCUGGCGGUCGCUCUGCCAACGGCGAGGUGAUCCCGAUGUCCGUCGCUGCUGGUGACGUCGUCGUCCUGCCGGACUUCGGCGGUACCACCGUCAAGUUCGACAACGAGGAGUUCGUCAUCUUCCGCGACUCCGAGCUCCUCGGCAAGCUGGAGAACCAGAACUAA